GCAUAAAGCGCCUCAUCAUAAACCUGCUUGUCGGUACCACAUGACAAGCUGAAAUAGUGUAUACCACGCAAUGACAAGAGACUCAAUAAAUAACCCCCAUUUCCAGAGAUGAGGAAAGACGAGGAACUACUUAGUUGUACUUCAAGAACGCGCUGGUUUUCCAAUGGGGGUUUUAAUGCUGUUUCACCUUCUCAUCGCUACCUUAGCUAAGAGCAGUGCCGCAGCUGUAGUCUCAGCAGGAGAUGUCGCCGCGACCUACUCCGAAUUCGAUUACUCGAGUCUCUCAUGUCCCUCAUCCAUCCUAUCUACCCUCACUACACCAACGUAUGGAGACAAAGGCGCCAUCUUUACGGUCUGCUCGUCGAUAGAUAUCGAAGCGCCUGUGACUGUCAUUCGCGAUGUGGUUCUCGACUUUAAAUCUUACCAUCUAUGGAACUCGUUUGUAGUCUCUGUUUCAGUGCCGCCGAACGUAGCUGAGACGCCGCAGGAUCUCUAUGUGGGCAUGCCUAUGGUUUUUACCACAGCAGGACUGAUUAAAGGACUGAACACGUCUAGCGAUGAGAUCCUCACUAUCGUGGAUAGUGUAGGCGUUGGUACUCAGGGAAACUCGUACUCACUAGUGGCCUGGCGGUAUGACGACAAGCUUGCUGGUCUUGGCUCGAGGGCUGAGCACCCUUAUGUGAUCAUCGACCAGGGAUGUAAUUCAUCGAAGGUCUUAAGUUAUGAAACAUACUAUUUUGGCUUACUCACACCGGCCAUCGCCCUGUUAGGCAGUAGUCUUCAGGAACAGUUCAGCACUCAAGCAGCUAAUCUCAAAGCCUAUGUUGAAGGCCUUUGAGGUUAAGGUAUAGAAAGAGUCAAUACUUCGGUGCGGACAGUGCUCUUGGGUUCCUAUUUCACGAUGGAAUUGCUAGCCUAAAUCAUAAUGAUAGUGUCAUUUGCUACAGCUUAUAGCAAAUAUACGAAUGUAUUUGAUGGCCAUCUAUAAGCUCUAGUACCGUGUAUUUGACACAGACCUAUAUUGUUGUCACUAUAGCUCUAACCUACCUUAAACCCAACCCGCAAUGUGGAAAUGCAUUAUUCGGACAGGGAAAUUUCGUAGCUUUAAACGUACGAAGAAUAACCAAUUCUAAUCUUCCGACUCAUCAGAGUCACCAGAUUCAUCGUCAUUGUUAGACAUGUCUUCAUCCUCGUCGUCGUGUUCAUCAUCUUCCCCACCAGGAGAUUCUAGGCCAUAGUCGUCAUAGU